AUGGCUGACCCGAUGUAUCACGCAAUGGGCCAGGGUGCUGGUGACGACCCGGCCAACCCUCACACUCAACACCCAGCAGCCUACCCUCCCGGGACAGCUCCUCCACAACCAGGAGCUCCGGCUCCCUACCAGGACACGUCGCCAAACCAGUGGCCACCCUAUGGCUCCCCUCAACAGCAUUAUCAGCCCCAUGGCGCUGAAGCAAACCCGAACGUGGCAGGACUCGCCUCUCAGAUGAGUGGAUUGGGGAUUGCCGCUGAUGCUGGAGCGAGGACACACCGCAAGAAACAUCGGCAUGCCCACCAUGAAAUUGGGACUGGCACAGCAGCAGCCCCUGCGCAACAAGGCUUCAGCAAUACCAUGGCUCCUGGAGGUGAACAACCGACAUCUCAGUUCCUCAACACCGGCUUGAAUCAAGCUCCGCAACCAGUGUCUCCAGGCGUUCCCUCUCAUCCAGCACCCGGGAUGGCCUCACAGCCCGGGGUGCCCAGUGGAGCAGAGUCCGUGCCGACACAAGGUCGGAUUGAUCCCGAGCAGAUUCCCAGCAUCCCGCGAUCGCGCGACCUGCCCGCACAGUACUACUUCAAUCAUGUGUACCCGACGAUGGAUCGCCAUCUGCCUCCACCCGCGUCGAUCCCGUUCGUGGCUCACGACCAAGGCAAUUCCUCCCCCAAGUACGCCCGUCUAACGCUCAACAACAUCCCCUCGACCUCUGACUUUCUUUCAUCCACUGGGCUGCCGCUGGGCAUGGUCCUGCAACCACUUGCCCCUCUAGACCCCGGCGAGCAACCCAUCCCAGUGCUGGAUUUUGGGGAUGUUGGACCCCCGCGAUGCCGACGAUGCCGCACAUAUAUCAAUCCCUUCAUGUCUUUCCGGGCCGGUGGUAGCAAGUUUGUCUGCAACAUGUGUACCUUCCCGAACGAUACGCCGGCAGAGUACUACGCACCCCUAGACCCGUCAGGCGCUCGUGUCGAUCGUAUGCAGCGACCGGAGUUGAUGAUGGGCACGGUGGAAUUCUUGGUGCCGAAGGAAUAUUGGAACAAGGAGCCCGGUGUUUGCGACGGCAUUGCGGAGGCAUUAUAUGGCGAAGAUCUGGCUGCGGACGGCUCCGAGGGCGACGAGUCUAAAGCUCGAAAGCUACCGGCCGAAGCCAAGAUCGGCAUUGUUACAUUUGAUAAGGAGGUGCAUUUUUACAAUCUUACGGCAACAUUGGAUGGAGCGCAAAUGAUGGUAAUGACCGAUCUGGAAGAACCUUUUGUGCCCUUGAGCGAAGGCCUUUUCGUUGACCCAUAUGAGUCGAAAUCUGUGAUUACCUCCCUCUUGAAUCGCAUACCCAAUCUCUUUUCUCAGAUUAAAAACCCCGACCCCGCUCUUCUUCCGACUUUAGAAGCCGCCCUCUCAGCUCUACAGCCUACAGGAGGCAAGAUUGUUUGUUCGGUGGCAAGCUUGCCGACGUGGGGCCCUGGGCAUCUGUCUAUGCGGGAAGAUCCCAAACUCCAUGGCACGGAUGCGGAACGCAAACUGUUCACUACUGAGGAUGCAGCGUGGAAGAAGACCGCAAGUAAACUGGCGGAGGCAGGCGUUGGCGUUGAUUUCUUCAUUGCGUCGCCAGGUGGCGCGUACAUGGAUGUUGCGACCGUCGGAUACGUGUCGAGCCUCACUGGAGGCGAGACCUUUUUCUACCCUAAUUUCCAUGCCCCGCGAGACCUGCUCAAGGUGCGGCACGAAUUGGCACAUGCUGUCAAACGAGAGACAGGCUAUCAAUGCUUAAUGAAGGUUCGGUGCUCGAACGGCCUUCAGGUGUCUUCUUAUCACGGCAAUUUCGUGCAGCAUGCUCUUGGCGCUGACCUCGAGAUUGGCGGGAUCGAUGCAGAGAAAGCUAUUGGUGUGAUUUUCAGCUAUGAUGGCAAGCUUGACCCCAAGUUGGAUGCACACUUCCAAGCUGCGUUGUUGUAUACCUCUGCGGAUGGCCAGCGCCGUGUCCGGUGCAUCAACGUCGUGGCAGCUGUAAAUGACGGUGGCAUGGAGACGAUGAAAUUCGUAGAUCAAGAUGCCGUUGUGGCUGUUAUCGCCAAGGAGGCUGCCUCGAAAACACUUGACAAGACCCUCAAGGACAUUCGAGCCAAUAUCUCCGAGAAGACCGUUGACAUCUUUAGCGGAUACCGCAAGAUCUUCUCUGGAUCGCACCCCCCUGGCCAACUGGUCCUGCCAGAGAACCUCAAAGAGUUCUCUAUGUACAUGCUUAGUUUAAUUAAGUCGAGGGCAUUCAAAGGUGGCACUGAGUCGUCAGACCGGCGCGUUCACGACAUGCGCAUGAUCCGAUCAUUCGGCUGUACCGAGCUCUCGCUCUAUCUAUACCCCCGCAUCAUUGCCAUCCACAACAUGCAGCCCGAGGAUGGAUUCCCCAACGAGCACGGCCAGCUUCAAGUGCCGCCCUCCCUGCGGGCCAGUUUCUCCAAAAUCGAAGAAGGCGGUGCCUACCUGGUUGACAAUGGGCAAGGUAUCAUCUUGUGGCUGCAUGCCCAGGUCUCGCCUAAUCUCCUCGAGGAUCUGUUCGGGCCGGGGCACAACUCUUUGCAAGAGAUGAACCCCAACAUCUCGUCGCUGCCUGUCCUGGACACACACCUAAACGCGCAAGUGCGGAACCUGCUACAGUACUUCUCCACGGUGCGCGGGUCGAAGGCCGUUGUCAUUCAGUUGGCCCGACAAGGGCUGGAUGGGGCGGAGUAUGAAUUUGCCCGUAUGCUUUUGGAGGACCGGAACAACGAGGCCCAGAGCUACGUGGACUGGCUGGUACACACGCACCGGCAGAUCAACCUUGAGCUGGCCGGUCAUCGCAAGAAGGAGGAGUCCACCAACGAGGGCACAUUGGCUAGUCUGUCGGCUAUGCGAGCGCCGUAUUGGUAA